AUCUGCCUGUUGUAGGGGAAAGGGGAAAGGGUCGUUGCCAUGGUGCUGAAGGAGCUUCCUGGUAAAAAGGCAUCCUCAGAAGGAAACCCCCUCCUCACCGUGACAACCAAGCUGGUCCGAGAGCAGCAGGAGAGUCGACCCCUGCUGAGUCCCUCCAUCGAUGACUUCCUGUCGGAGAGCCGGAGCGACGCCCCAUCCACCCAGCCCCUCACCUCCAACACAGCUGUUCUGUCCACAGCUCUGGACCUGGUGGACCUCAGUGAGCCGGGGGAGAGCAGCGGGGGCGGCAGCGGGGGCGGCAGCGGGAGCAGCAGCGGUGGUAGUAAUGGAGGUAGUAACAGUGGAAGUAGUGGCAGCUGCAGUAACAAGGACCAGAGGAGGAGUCCUCUGAGGAGGAAGGGCAGCUUGAGGAGCCCUCGGCGCCGGACGAGACCUGAUGAGACAGAGCUGAUCCAGGUGGAAGUGGAACACCUGCCAGCCAGUCCCAGAACACCUGAGAGGAUCUCGCUGGACUCAGUCAGUCUGUCGUCUCCUCUGGACAAAUGGGACGAGGUGAACCUGGACGUGGAGGACGGAGGACACAGGAAGAGAUACGAGAAGAGAUGCACCUCCCACCACUCCUCCAAUGAACUGCUGUGGUCUGCAGAGUUUAAAACUGAUCCUCUAACCAAGAACUUCGACAUCCACAGCUUCGAUGAUCUCGACUUCAUAUCUUCAACACAGGACAGUGCAGCGUCCAGACAGCGCAGACGUACUCGUUCCCUUCUGGCCAGAAACGAGUCUCUGGAGGACGAGUUUGUCAGAGCGAAGGCUGCUGUUGAGUCGGACACGGAGUUCUGGGAUAAGAUGCAGGCCGAGUGGGAGGAGCUGGCCCGGAGGAACUGGCUGGAGGACUCUGAGGGUCAGGCGCCGAUCCCGCCCAGCGUCUCACCUGUGGAGAAGGUACGUUCAACACCUGCUCCAACAAACACCUGCUCCAACAAACACCUGCACCAACAAACACCUGCUCCAACAAACACCUGCUCCAACAAACACCUGCACCAACAAACACCUGCACCAACAAACACCUGCUCCAACAAGCACCUGCUCCAACAAACACCUGCACCAACAAACACCUGCACCAACAAACACCUGCUCCAACAAACACCUGCUCCAACAAACAUUUUCCACUGA